GAUGCGCAGGGAGGGCGCGGGCUGAGCGCAUCCCCGCGCGGCGCGGUUGAGGACGCUUGGGAGCUGUUUGGCAGAAGCGGCCAUGUCGCGAGCGAUUCACCUGCCCGCCUUCCCGGUGGGUUUCCACCUCCUGGGCAUUGUGGUGGUCUUGCUCUGCCGCGCAGGCGAUGUGUGCGCGGAGAGCCCGAGCCAAGAGCCGGCCAACGAGACCGAGGAGUGCACUGGCUCGUACAUCUGCAAGAAAGGUGUCAUUUUGCCAAUAUGGGAACCUCAAGACCCCUCGUUUGGUGACAAAAUUGCUCGGGCAACGGUGUACUUUGUAGCGAUGGUGUACAUGUUCCUGGGAGUAUCCAUCAUAGCUGACCGCUUCAUGUCCUCCAUUGAAGUCAUUACAUCCCAGGAACGGGAGAUCACCAUCAAGAAGCCCAACGGCGAGACCAGCAAGACCACAGUGAGGAUCUGGAACGAGACUGUUUCCAACCUCACGCUGAUGGCCUUGGGYUCGUCCGCCCCCGAGAUCCUCCUGUCGGUCAUCGAAGUAUGCGGUCACGGCUUCACAGCGGGGGACUUGGGGCCGAGCACCAUUGUGGGGAGUGCUGCGUUUAACAUGUUUGUCAUCAUUGCCAUCUGCGUUUAUGUUGUUCCUGAUGGAGAGAUAAGGAAGAUCAAGCACUUGCGAGUGUUUUUUGUUACAGCAGCCUGGAGCAUCUUUGCCUACACUUGGCUUUAUAUUAUUUUAUCUGUGUCAUCUCCGGGGAUUGUGGAAGUUUGGGAAGGCUUGCUCACUUUCUUCUUCUUCCCUAUCUGUGUGGUGUUUGCUUGGGUAGCUGACAGGAGGCUUUUAUUUUACAAGUACGUCUACAAGAAAUACCGGGCUGGCAAGCAGAGAGGCAUGAUCAUCGAACACGAGGGUGACCGACCAUCCUCUAAAGCUGAUAUUGAGAUGGAUGGAAAAGUGGCCAAUUCUCAUGUGGAGAACUUCUUGGACGGGACACUGGUGUUGGCGGUCGAUGAGAAAGACCAGGACGAUGAGGAAGCCAGGAGGGAAAUGGCUCGAAUCCUGAAGGAGCUGAAACAAAAGCACCCCGACAAGGAAAUCGAGCAGCUUAUUGAGCUAGCCAACUACCAGGUCCUGAGCCAGCAACAGAAGAGCAGGGCCUUUUAUCGCAUUCAGGCUACUCGGCUCAUGACCGGAGCUGGCAACAUCUUGAAAAGACAUGCUGCAGACCAGGCACGCAAAGCCGUCAGCAUGCACGAGGUCAACAGCGAGGUGGCAGAGAACGAUCCCAUUAGCAAGCUCUACUUUGAGCAGGGCACCUAUCAGUGCCUGGAGAACUGUGGCACCGUCGCCUUGACCAUCAUUCGCCGGGGAGGUGACUUGACCAACACGGUGUACGUUGACUUCCGGACGGAGGAUGGCACGGCCAAUGCUGGCUCUGACUAUGAGUUCACCGAAGGGACUGUCAUCUUCAAGCCAGGGGAGACCCAGAAAGAAAUACGGGUUGGCAUAAUUGACGAUGACAUUUUUGAGGAGGAUGAGAAUUUCCUGGUCCAUCUCAGCAACGUCCGCGUGAGCACCGAGGCCUCGGAUGAAAGCAUUCUCGAGGCUGGUCGUGUCUCAACGCUUGCUUGCCUUGGCUCUCCAUCUACUGCUACCGUCACCAUCUUCGAUGAUGACCAUGCUGGCAUCUUCACCUUUGAGGAGCCAGUGACGCACGUCAGCGAGAGCGUGGGGACCAUGGAAGUGAAAGUUCUGCGAACCUCUGGCGCACGAGGAAAUGUUAUUGUGCCCUACAAAACCAUUGAAGGAACGGCCAAAGGUGGAGGAGAGGACUUUGAAGACACCUGUGGGGAGCUGGAGUUCCAGAAUGAUGAGAUAGUCAAAACGAUAUCAAUCAAGGUGAUAGAUGAUGAGGAGUAUGAGAAAAACAAGACCUUCUACCUAGAGAUCGGGGAGCCCCGGCUGGUGGAGAUGAGUGAGAAGAAAGCCCUGUUGUUGAAUGAGCUUGGUGGCUUCACCAUCACAGAGGAGAGUGAGGAGAAGCAGCCGCUGACCAGCAAGGAGGAGGAGGAGCGGCGCAUUGCCGAGAUGGGGCGCCCGGUGCUGGGGGAGCACGCCAAGCUCGAAGUCAUCAUUGAGGAGUCCUACGAGUUCAAGAAUACUGUGGACAAGCUCAUUAAGAAGACCAACCUGGCCCUGGUGGUGGGCACCAACAGCUGGAGGGAGCAGUUCAUCGAGGCCAUUACUGUCAGUGCUGGGGAGGAUGAUGACGAUGAUGAAUGUGGGGAGGAGAAGCUGCCCUCCUGCUUUGACUACGUGAUGCACUUUCUGACCGUCUUCUGGAAGGUCCUUUUUGCCUUCGUGCCCCCAACAGACUACUGGAACGGCUGGGCCUGCUUUGUGGUCUCCAUCCUCAUGAUCGGCCUCCUGACGGCUUUCAUCGGCGACCUGGCAUCCCAUUUCGGCUGCACUAUCGGCUUGAAGGACUCCGUGACCGCAGUCGUGUUUGUCGCGCUAGGAACCUCAGUGCCAGACACCUUCGCCAGCAAAGUGGCCGCCACGCAGGACCAGUACGCGGACGCCUCCAUCGGGAACGUCACCGGGAGCAACGCCGUGAACGUUUUCCUGGGCAUCGGGGUGGCCUGGUCCAUCGCAGCCAUCUACCACGCGGCGCACGGACAGGCCUUUCAAGUCUCGCCCGGCACCUUGGCCUUCUCCGUCACCCUCUUCACCAUUUUUGCUUUUAUCAGCGUGGGUGUGCUGCUCUACCGGCGGAGACCCGAGAUCGGAGGUGAGCUGGGCGGGCCGCGGACUUCCAAGCUGCUCACGUCCUCCCUCUUCAUCCUCCUUUGGCUCUUGUACAUAUUCUUCUCAUCUCUGGAAGCCUACUGCCACAUAAAGGGCUUCUAAAGGAACACUCAGAGAUAGAAAUUGUAUAUAUAUCUAUAUGUAUCUAUAUAGAGCGAUAUAUAGGUAUAGAUAUAGAUAUAACGCUGUGUAUAAUGAACAGAGAAAGAAUAAAGGAGAUUUGCCAUGUUCACACACCUGCUGAUGGGGGAGCAGCUUUGGAGCGGUCUUUGAACUAGAGACGGGAGCCCAAAGCUGGCAGCACCUCAACGGCGCCGGCGCAGCGCCACGAGAAGCCGCCGGACCCUCCCUGCUCRCUCCCGACGCCCGCCCCGGGCAGGAUGGAUGUGCCCGCGUCCCGGGGCCGCAAGCGGAGCGGUGGGAAGGCGAGGAGCCUGAUUCCAAGCACGGCCCGCCUGCCUUUCCCGCGUGUCUCCCCCGGGGGCAGGGAGCCGCUGACCGGACCGGAGCCCGGGAGCUUUCCGAGGAUACCACCACAACCUUCGCCGUCGUCCGAGUUUCUUUUUUCCCCUUCGUCUGCUCAUUCGUGCCGUCCCGGCGUGUGUACAGUUGGCAUCUCCCCCCCGGUCCCCGCUCCCUGCCCUCUGUGCUUCGGGGGCGCGCGGCCCCACGCGCCUCCUUGGGCAUGCUCUCGUGGUCCUCGUAGCCUCUCUGCAUGACCGAAAACGCCCCCGCCC